ACGUGUUCAUUUUCGCGACGGUUCAGGAAGCGUCUAUAAACAGCUACAGAAACGAGCAAUAGUUGGUGCUUUCUCCUGUGAAGGAGUACAGCAAAACAGCACCAUGUUGCCGACCACCUCGCCACACAGCAACGGUGCCCUUGGCUCCAGGGAUGCUGCACGCCACACAGCGGGCGCCAAGCGCUACAAGUACCUGCGACGGCUGCUGCAUUUCAGACAGAUGGACUUUGAGUUUGCCCUGUGGCAAAUGCUUUACUUGUUCACAUCACCACAGAGGGUCUACCGCAACUUCCACUAUAGGAAACAGACCAAAGACCAGUGGGCCAGGGACGAUCCUGCUUUCCUGGUCGUGCUCAGCAUCUGGCUGUGUGUGUCAACAAUAGGCUUUGGUCUGGUGCUGGACAUGGGUGUCCUGGAGACUCUGAAACUGCUGUUGUGGGUGGUCUUUGUGGACUGCAUAGGAGUCGGUCUGUUCAUAUCGACACUCAUGUGGGUUAUCAGCAACAAGUACCUGCUAAAGCAACCCAGCAAAAAUUUUGAUGUUGAAUGGGGCUACGCAUUUGAUGUUCAUCUCAAUGCUUUCUACCCACUUCUAGUCAUCCUGCAUUUUCUGCAGCUCUUCUUCAUCAACCAUAUUGUCGUGAUAAACUCCGACUGGUUCCUGGGAUACUUCGUCGGGAACACUAUGUGGCUGAUCGCCAUCGGUUAUUAUCUCUACAUCACCUUCUUAGGGUACAAUGCUCUACCUUUCCUGAAGAACACGGUGGUGCUGCUCUACCCCUUCGCUCUGCUCGGCCUCAUCUACGUCCUCUCUGUCUCUCUGGGCUGGAACUUCACUCAGGCUCUCUGCUGGUUUUACAAGUACCGAGUCCAGUAGAACCGGUUUGUCCCUGAGAGUGGACACUAGUUGCCUCCAGGCCCUCGUCGAAAUCUGUUUUCAACUCACGCCUGUGUGACAUCAAAACCAUUUCCAGCUGCUGUCGGUCAACAUCUGGUUGAGAUGGACUCUGCCUCUGGUUGACUCUUAGUAAACUUGGACCUCUGGGUUGAUUGAAGCUGACUGUUUCUUGACUCUCACUUGAUUUUCUGUUUGGCUCUCCUGUUGAGCUGGAGCUCCAAAGUCAGUAAACAGCGAUGUGUUUGGACUGGUUGCAUAAACAAGGGGACAGAUGAGACGCAGCUUUUAUUGUUGUUCUUUUUGUAUGAUUUGUAAAUAGUACUCUGGCAGGUUGUAAUAUAUACACAGAGGUUUGUUUCUGAAGAGGUUGCUUUGUUUCUUUGAGUUUUCAUAAAAAAAGAAAAUGAAAAUCCUGCUUAUUAAAGAGAAGGAAGGAAAGUAGAGGAAUGUGGGAAGCAUUUUUUCCUUUUUUCCUUAAAGUGUACAUUCCAAAGCACUUUCAAUAAAGGGUUUUAUUAAAUUAA